GGGGUUAGGGGCGAGCGGCGCAGCGAAGCCUCAGCCGCCUUCGGAUAACCCUGUUUUGGUGAUUCAGUGCUGUAUUUUGGGAGCUUUAAGCUUAACUUCUGGGAGAGCCUGAACCGUUUAUUUUUUAGUAUUUAAUCCAAGCGUAGGGCAGCGCGGCUGUAGAGCUCGGGACGGAGCAGCGGAGCGCUCCGGCACAGGGCCCGGCUUUCCGAGCAGGCUCUCGCCUGGGAGAUAAGCUAGUCUUAAGGAGCUGGCGGGGAGGAGACGCGCGCUCCGAUUGUGAGUAAACGCGAAGGAGAAGGUAUGGGCUGAAUUUUUAAAAGAAUAACCCAGUUCAGAUGACCUUCCCUUGGCUUUUUUAUUAAGGUUUAUCACUUAACCCGAUCCAGUUUCUGGAGGACUUGCUAUACUAAGAGAGCAAAUCGAGGUUUAAGGUGUUCUGAGCACCCUGCCCCGUCGCCUGGGUUUGUGAGGGCGGCAUUAAGUCCUGCUGGUAAGAAGGGAACAAGGGAGUUAGUUCUUCAGGAAUGGUGUCUUUAAAAAAAGAAAUGACCUAGAGAGCGCAGGGUGAGUUCCGGACUUUCUUUUUCCUCCUCCCCAUGUCAAUAAAUUAUUAAGUAGGAAAAAAAAAAAAAGAAGGUUUUGGGGGUAAAAAAAUUGGGUGGCUUCUGGCAAGUCGACCAGCUUUAACACUGACCGCCGAUACCCGACUCUGGCAGUUUGGCUUCCCGCUACAAGAGCCAUACGUGAAACUCUCUGUAGGAGCUUCCGUGGUUUUGUUGGGUAGUUUAUUUAAAAAGUCAAGGAGAAAAGGGGAUAGAAGACUUCUUAAAAACACUCUCGCUUGGCUGCUGUUUGAAUCGUGGAUAUAAGCAAGACCAGAAGAGCUCCUCGCUAAGGGUUGCGGCGCUAAGAGGAGCCCCCGGCUCGGCGCGUGCUGGCAGCGGCGGAAGAUGGCCGCCUUCAAACGGAGCCGAGCGCAAGCCUGGCCGGAGGAACGGGGCGACCGGGAGCACGGGCUCUACAGCUUGCACCGCAUGUUCGACAUCGUGGGCACCCACCUGACCCACCGGGACGUGCGGGUGCUCUCCUUCCUCUUCGUGGACGUGAUCGACGAUUACGAGAGGGGGAUGAUCCGCAGCGGCCGGGACUUCUUGCUGGCGCUGGAGCGGCAGGGCCGCUGUGACGAGACCAACUUCCGACAGGUGCUGCAGUUGCUGCGGAUCAUCACUCGCCACGACCUGCUGCCAUACGUCACCCUCAAGAGGCGACGGGCCGUGUGUCCGGACCUGGUGGACAAGUACCUGGAGGAGACGUCCAUUCGCUACGUGACGCCCCGAGCUCACAGCGAGGCGGAGCACGGGCUCGGCCACCCCCAUAAAUCAGGUGGGUGCGGAUGCCUGCUGCCAGACCUCGGGGUCUGGUCCGUGGGGAUUCGGUCUGUGGGAAUCCGUCGGGCCCGUCCUGCUUUUGCCUCGUCUGCUCCCACUGGGAGCCCGGGGACUCGCCUCUGGCUGGCGGUGACGGUUCUGUCGCUGCUGGGGGCUUGCGCAGACAUCCGCCUGCGAGUCCGAGCCGAGUACUGCCAGCACGAGACGGCGCUUCAAGGCAACGUCUUCUCCAACAAGCAGGACCCCUUGGAGCGUCAGUUCGAACGCUUCAACCAGGCCAACACCAUCCUGAAGUCCCGGGACCUGGGCUCCAUCAUCUGUGACAUAAAAUUCUCAGAGCUCACCUACCUCGACGCGUUCUGGCGCGAUUACAUCAACGGCUCUUUGCUGGAAGCCCUCAAGGGCUUCUUCAUCCCGGACUCGCUCAAACAAGCCGUGGGCCACGAAGCCAUCAAACUGCUGGUCAAUGUGGACGAGGAGGAUUACGAGGUCGGGCGCCAGAAACUCCUGAGGAACUUGAUGCUGCAGACGGCUCCCUGACGCCCGGCGGCUGCUCGGUGGGAUCCAAGCUUUUUCCUUCUCUUCUUUUUCUUUUUUUUUUCCUUUUUUUUUUUUUUUUU